AUGAGCGAAGAAAGCUUAUUCGAGUCGUCUCCACAGAAGAUGGAGUACGAAACUACAAACUACUCGGAAAGACACACAAAACUCCCCGACCACUUCAUCGGUCUCAAUACAGUAGAUAAACUAGAGGAGUCGCCGCUAAGGGACUUUGUCAACAGCCACGGUGGCCACACGGUCAUCUCCAAGAUCCUGAUAGCAAAUAACGGUAUUGCCGCCGUGAAGGAGAUCAGGUCGAUCAGAAAGUGGUCGUACGAGACGUUCGGCGAUGACAGGACUGUCCAGUUCGUCGCCAUGGCCACCCCAGAAGAUCUGGAGGCCAACGCGGAGUACAUCCGUAUGGCCGACCAGUACAUCGAGGUGCCCGGUGGCACGAAUAACAACAACUACGCCAACGUAGACUUGAUCGUAGACAUUGCCGAGAGAGCAGACGUAGAUGCCGUGUGGGCCGGCUGGGGCCAUGCCUCCGAGAACCCGCUGUUGCCCGAGAAGUUGGCCCGCUCCAAGAGGAAAGUCAUCUUCAUUGGGCCUCCAGGCAAUGCCAUGAGGUCGCUUGGUGACAAGAUCUCCUCGACCAUUGUCGCUCAAAGCGCCAAAGUGCCAUGUAUCCCAUGGUCCGGUACCGGUGUAGACACUGUCCAUUUGGACGAGAAAACCGGUCUGGUUUCUGUCGACGACGACAUCUACCAGAAGGGUUGCUGUACCUCCCCAGAGGACGGUCUGGUAAAGGCCAAGCGCAUCGGGUUCCCCGUCAUGAUCAAGGCCUCCGAAGGUGGUGGUGGUAAAGGUAUUAGACAAGUCGAGCGCGCAGAAGACUUCGCCACACUAUACCAGCAAGCGUCAAACGAAAUUCCAGGCUCCCCCAUCUUCAUCAUGAAGUUGGCUGGCAGAGCCCGCCAUUUGGAAGUCCAACUGUUGGCGGAUCAGUACGGUACCAACAUCUCCUUGUUCGGUAGAGAUUGUUCCGUGCAAAGACGUCACCAAAAAAUUAUCGAAGAAGCCCCAGUGACCAUUGCCAAGGCGGAAACAUUCCACGAAAUGGAAAAGGCCGCUGUCAGACUGGGUAAACUGGUCGGGUAUGUCUCUGCCGGUACUGUGGAAUACCUGUACUCUCACGAUGACGGGAAAUUCUACUUUUUGGAACUGAACCCAAGACUACAAGUCGAGCAUCCAACCACGGAAAUGGUCUCCGGCGUUAACUUACCUGCAGCCCAAUUACAAAUCGCUAUGGGUAUCCCUAUGCAUAGAAUAAGUGACAUCAGAACCUUGUACGGCAUGAACCCGCAUUCUGCCUCGGAAAUCGAUUUCGAGUUCAAGACCCAAGAUGCCACCAAGAAACAAAGAAGACCCAUCCCCAAGGGCCAUUGUACCGCUUGUCGUAUCACAUCAGAAGAUCCAAACGAUGGGUUCAAGCCAUCCGGUGGUACUUUGCAUGAAUUGAACUUCCGUUCUUCUUCCAACGUCUGGGGGUAUUUCUCCGUGGGUAAUAAUGGUAAUAUUCAUUCCUUUUCCGAUUCUCAGUUCGGUCAUAUCUUUGCCUUUGGUGAAAACAGACAGGCUUCCAGAAAACACAUGGUGGUUGCCCUAAAGGAGCUAUCCAUUAGAGGUGACUUCAGAACCACUGUGGAAUACUUGAUCAAGCUUUUGGAAACCGAAGACUUCGAAGACAACACAAUCACCACCGGUUGGUUGGACGAUUUGAUCACCCACAAGAUGACCGCUGAAAAGCCAGACCCCACUCUGGCCGUCAUUUGCGGUGCCGCUACUAAGGCCUUCUUAGCAUCUGAAGAAGCUCGUCACAAGUACAUCGACUCCUUACAAAAGGGUCAAGUCUUGUCCAAGGACCUUCUGCAGACCAUGUUCCCCGUGGAUUUCAUUCACGAGGGCAAAAGGUACAAGUUCACCGUCGCCAAGUCCGGUAACGACCGUUACACUUUAUUUGUCAACGGUUCCAAAUGUGAUAUCAUACUACGUCAACUGUCAGACGGUGGUCUUUUGAUUGCCAUUGGCGGGAAAUCUCACACCAUCUACUGGAAGGAGGAAGUCGCUGCUACAAGAUUGUCUGUCGACUCCAUGACCACUCUGUUGGAAGUCGAAAAUGAUCCAACCCAAUUGCGUACUCCAUCCCCUGGUAAAUUAGUCAAAUUCUCAGUUGAAAAUGGUGAACACAUUAUCAAGGGCCAACCCUACGCAGAAAUUGAAGUCAUGAAAAUGCAAAUGCCCUUGGUUUCCCAAGAAAAUGGUAUUGUUCAACUACUAAAGCAACCUGGGUCUACCAUUGUUGCAGGUGACAUCAUGGCUAUUUUGACUCUUGAUGAUCCAUCCAAGGUUAAGCACGCUCUACCAUUUGAAGGUAUGCUUCCAGACUUCGGUUCUCCAGUUAUUGAAGGUACCAAGCCUGCUUACAAAUUCAAAUCUUUGGUGUCCACUUUAGAAAAUAUCUUGAAGGGUUAUGACAACCAAGUCAUUAUGAACGCCUCUUUACAACAAUUAAUUGAAGUCUUGAGAAAUCCAAAACUGCCUUAUUCCGAAUGGAAACUACAUGUCUCCGCCUUACAUUCGAGACUGCCUGCUAAGCUAGAUGAGCAAAUGGAAGAAUUGGUCUCGCGUUCUUUAAGACGUGCUGCUGUUUUCCCAGCCAGACAAUUGGGCAAACUCAUCGACACGGCCGUUAAGAACCCUGAAUACAACCCUGAUAAGUUGUUGGGACCUGUUGUGGAACCAUUAACAGAUAUCGCUCAAAAAUACUCCAACGGGUUGGAAGCUCAUGAACACUCUAUUUUCGUUCAUUUCUUAGAUGAAUAUUAUCAAGUUGAAGUAUUAUUCAAUGGUCCAAAUGUCCGUGAAGAAAACAUCAUCUUGAAAUUGCGUGACGAAAAUUCAAAAGACUUGGAUAAGGUUGCCUUGACUGUUUUGUCUCACUCAAAGGUCUCGGCUAAAAAUAACCUGAUCUUAGCCAUCUUGAAGCAUUACCAACCAUUGUGUAAACUGUCUUCAAAAGUGUCCUCUAUUUUCUCUACUCCACUGCAACACAUCGUUGAAUUGGAAUCCAAGGCUACCGCUAAGGUCGCUCUUCAAGCAAGAGAAAUCUUGAUUCAAGGUGCUUUGCCAUCCGUCAAGGAAAGAACUGAACAAAUUGAACACAUCUUAAAAUCAUCUGUUGUUAAAGUUGCCUAUGGUUCAUCCAAUCCAAAACGUUCCGAACCAGAUAUGAAUAUCUUGAAGGACUUGAUUGAUUCUAAUUACGUCGUUUUUGAUGUCUUACUUCAAUUUUUGACUCACCAGGAUCCGGUUGUUACUGCUGCUGCUGCCCAAGUCUACAUUCGUCGUGCUUACCGUGCUUACACUAUUGGUGAAAUCAGAGUGCACGAAGGUGUAACAGUUCCAAUUGUUGAAUGGAAGUUCCAAUUGCCUUCAGCUGCCUUCUCUACCUUCCCUACCGUUAAAUCUAAAAUGGGUAURAAUAGAGCUGUCUCUGUUUCUGAUUUGUCAUACGUCGCCAACAGUCAAUCAUCUCCUUUGAGAGAAGGUAUUUUGAUGGCCGUUGACCAUUUAGAUGAUGUCGAUGAAAUCUUGCCUCAAAGCUUGGAAGUUAUUCCUCGUCACCAACUUUCUUCCAGCGGCCCCGCCCCUGAUCGUUCUGGUAGUUCUGCAUCCUUGAGUAACGUUGCUAACGUUUGUGUUGGUUCUACUGAAGGAUUUGAAUCCGAAGAGGAUAUUUUGUUAAGAUUGAGAGAAAUCUUAGAUUUGAAUAAGCAAGAAUUAAUCAAUGCUGCCAUUCGUCGUAUCACAUUCAUGUUUGGUUUCAAGGAUGGCUCUUAUCCAAAGUACUAUACUUUUAAUGGUCCAAACUAUAGCGAAAAUGAAACAAUUCGUCACAUUGAACCAGCUUUGGCUUUCCAAUUGGAAUUAGGAAGAUUAUCCAAUUUCAACAUUAAGCCAAUAUUCACUGAUAACAGGAAUAUCCAUGUCUACGAAGCUGUUAGUAAGACAUCUCCAUUAGAUAAGAGAUUCUUUACAAGAGGUAUUAUUAGAACUGGGCAUAUCCGUGAUGACAUUUCUAUCCCAGAAUAUUUAACUUCAGAAGCUAAUAGAUUGAUGAGUGACAUCUUGGAUAACUUGGAAGUUACCGAUACUUCAAACUCCGAUUUGAACCACAUCUUCAUUAAUUUCAUUGCUGUCUUUGAUAUCUCUCCAGAAGAUGUUGAAGCCGCUUUUGGUGGUUUCUUGGAAAGAUUUGGUAAGAGAUUAUUGAGAUUGCGUGUUUCUUCUGCUGAAAUUAGAAUCAUCAUCAAGGAUCCACAAACAGGUGCUCCUGUGCCAUUGCGUGCUUUGAUCAAUAAUGUUUCUGGUUAUGUCAUUAAGACUGAAAUGUACACUGAAGUUAAGAAUGCAAAGGGUGAAUGGGUAUUCAAGUCCUUGGGUAAGCCAGGAUCCAUGCACUUAAGACCUAUUGCUACGCCUUACGCUGUUAAGGAAUGGUUGCAACCAAAACGUUACAAGGCACAUUUGAUGGGUACCACAUAUGUUUAUGAUUUUCCAGAAUUGUUCCGUCAAGCUUCGUCCUCUCAAUGGAAGAAUUUCUCCGCAGAGACUAAGUUGGCUGACGAUUUCUUUACGUCUAACGAAUUAAUUGAAGACGAAAAUGGUGAAUUGACUGAAGUUGAAAGAGAGCCUGGUGCCAAUGCUAUUGGUAUGGUUGCCUUUAAGAUCACUGUUAAGACACCUGAAUAUCCAAGAGGCCGUCAAUUCGUCAUUGUUGCUAACGAUAUCACGUUUAAGAUUGGUUCCUUUGGUCCACAAGAAGAUGAGUUCUUCAAUAAGGUCACUGAAUAUGCUAGAAAGCGUGGUAUUCCAAGAAUUUACUUGGCUGCCAACUCUGGUGCUAGAAUCGGUAUGGCUGAAGAAAUUGUUCCUUUAUUCCAAGUUGCAUGGAACGAUGUUGAUCAUCCUGAAAACGGUUUCCAAUACUUGUACUUGACUAGUGAAGGUAUGGAAGCUUUGAAGAAGUUUGACAAAGAAAAUUCUGUUUUGACUGAACGUACUGUUACCAAUGGUGAAGAAAGAUUUGUCAUCAAGACUAUCAUUGGUGCUGAAGAUGGGCUAGGUGUCGAGUGUUUACGUGGUUCCGGUUUAAUCGCCGGUGCUACAUCAAGAGCCUACCACGACAUUUUCACGAUUACUUUGGUCACUUGUAGAUCUGUCGGUAUUGGUGCUUAUUUGGUCCGUUUGGGUCAAAGAGCUAUUCAAGUUGAAGGUCAACCAAUCAUUUUAACUGGUGCUCCAGCCAUCAACAAGAUGUUGGGUAGAGAAGUUUAUACUUCUAAUUUACAACUGGGUGGUACUCAAAUUAUGUACAACAAUGGUGUUUCACAUCUGACUGCUGUUGAUGACUUAGCCGGUGUAGAAAAGAUUGUCGAAUGGAUAUCCUAUAUUCCAGCCAAGCGUAACAUGCCAGUUCCAAUUUUGGAAACUAAGGAUACAUGGGAUAGACCAGUGGACUUCACUCCAAUGCCUGGCGAAUCAUAUGAUGUCAGAUGGAUGAUUGAAGGUCGUGAAACUGAAAAUGGGUUUGAAUAUGGUCUAUUCGAUAAGGGAUCAUUCUUUGAAACUUUGUCAGGGUGGGCUAGAGGUGUUGUUGUUGGUAGAGCCCGUCUUGGUGGUAUUCCAUUGGGUGUUAUUGGUGUCGAAACAAGAACUGUAGAGAACCUUGUUCCUGCUGACCCAGCUAAUCCAAAUAGUGCUGAAACAUUAAUUCAAGAACCUGGUCAAGUUUGGCAUCCAAAUUCCGCUUUCAAGACUGCUCAAGCUAUUAACGAUUUCAAUCAUGGUGAACAACUGCCAAUGAUGAUCUUGGCCAACUGGAGAGGUUUCUCCGGUGGUCAACGUGAUAUGUUCAACGAAGUUUUGAAGUACGGUUCGUUCAUUGUCGAUGCAUUAGUGGACUACAAGCAACCAAUUAUCAUCUACAUCCCACCUACUGGUGAGUUAAGAGGUGGUUCAUGGGUCGUUGUUGAUCCAACUAUCAAUGCUGAUCAAAUGGAAAUGUACGCUGAUGUGAAUUCUAGAGCAGGUGUUCUUGAACCACAAGGUAUGGUUGGUAUCAAAUACCGUAGAGAAAAAUUAUUAGACACCAUGAACAGAUUGGAUGAUAAAUACAGGGAAUUGAGAUCUAAAUUGACCGACAAGAGCUUAACACCAGAAUUACAUCAACAAAUCUCUAAGCAAUUAGCAGACCGUGAAAGAGAACUACUGCCAAUUUAUGGACAAAUCAGUAUUCAAUUUGCCGAUUUGCACGACAGAUCAUCACGUAUGGUGGCCAAGGGUGUUAUCUCCAAGGAGUUGCAAUGGACCGAAGCACGUCGUUUCUUCUUCUGGAGAUUAAGAAGAAGACUGAAUGAAGAAUAUUUGAUCAAGAGAUUGAGCAAUGAAAUGAACGAGGCUUCGAGAUUGGAAAAGAUUGCUAGAAUUAGAUCCUGGUACCCAGCCUCAGUGGACCAUGAUAAUGAUAGACAAGUGGCUACUUGGAUUGAAGAAAAUUACAAGACUUUGGACGAUAAACUAAAGAGCUUGAAAUUAGAAACCUUUGCCCAAGAUUUAGCUAAGAAGAUCAGAAACGAUCACGACAAUGCCAUUGAUGGAUUAUCUGAAGUUAUCAAGAUGUUAUCUACUGACGAUAAAGAAAAAUUGCUAAAAAACAUGAAAUGA